AUGCCCGUUCCCCGUUUGUUGGCACCACUGGUGCUGAUGGUCAUCUUGCCAGCGUGUUUGUGCGCAUGUCCCCGUUCCUGCAGCUGCCCGGGCCAAAAGGAGGUGCAUUGCACCUUCCGCCACCUUCCCUCCAUUCCCCACAACAUACCUAAAGAUACACAGCGUGUCAACCUGGGGUAUAACAAUAUUGAAGCAGUACGAACUUCAGAUUUCGCAAACCUGCACCAACUGGAGAUGCUUAUGCUCCAUGGGAAUGAUAUCACUACUGUGGCCUCAGGAUCAUUUUACCACCUACGCUCCCUCCAGAUUCUGAAACUGAGUUACAACAAGCUUAAGACCAUUGAUGCGGGCAUGCUUGAGGGCUUGACAAGUCUAGUGCGCCUUCACUUGGACCAUAAUCUAAUUGACUUCAUUGAGCCUUUCUCCUUCAAUGGACUUACAUCUCUGAAGCUGCUUCAGCUUGAGGGCAACCGACUACAAGACCUGCACCCACAAACAUUCAUUACCCUGUCCAUACUCGGCAACUUUUGGGGUUCAACUUUGCGUCACCUUUACCUGGCAGAAAAUAGGCUGGACUACCUGCUACCUGGUACACUCCAGCAUCUUAGCAAGCUGGAGGUCAUUUCUCUGCAUGGCAACCCCUGGACCUGUGACUGCCACUUGGAGUGGCUCAUAGAAUGGAAAAAGAAGCAUGAAGGUAUAGUGAAGUGCAAAAAGGAUCGUGAUUCUGCAGCGAGUGAAAUCUGUGCAGUGUGCUCUUCACCACAGCUCCUCAAUAACACUCAGAUCUUUCAGCUGACAAAGGAGAAGCUCACUUGUGAGAGGCCCUCCCUACAGUCCCCACUGAAAAUAGGAGAAAGCAGUAUUUGGGAGGACUUGGAGCCAGAUCUUCCAUAUAUCAAGGAUCUGGAGAGUCCAUUGGGCCAGUUAACUUUUGUCCUGUCCGACAGCCAUGGGAAUGUGGCUCACGUAGCCUGUGAUGUCUCUCGUCCAACUGAAAGCACCUCCAUGGUCUGGGAGCACCUGAAGAAGUCAGAGCAGGUAGAAGUCAAUGUGACUCUAAUUAGCCUACUGGAAUGUGAGAUUGACAAGGAAGCACUUCAGAAUUUGUGGAGGCUAGUUGCCUAUUACUAUGAAAGCCCAGCCAUCUUGGAGCGAGGACUUAAACAUGAGAACACAUCCAGAGUGACCUAUCGGUAUUCUCAGGUCUCAAGUGAGGAUUCUCCUUACUUCACAGACCUCAAGGGGCAUUUGACAGCAAACCCAACAUGGCUUUUACAACCAAGAGUUACCCUUCAGUUAAACAGACAGAAGACUACAACCAGGAAAUUAGUACUGAACUUUUCAACUUUCAUUACAAAGCGCAUCAGUGGAAGAGGGGAGCAAGAGGACGUUAUCUCUUCAUGGGCAAUGAUACAAAGAAGAACACCAGGGAGAAUUCAGUCUGUGCUGGAACAUUCUGAUGCCAGUAUGGACUGUAGCGUGUUGAGCUCAGGACAUCAGCCUGUACGAUGGAUGCUUCCAGAUCUAACCACACUGGAUAAUUCUGAUUCAAAGCGAGAUGUGUCUGAGCAUAGCAAAUUAAUUAUCAAAAAUACAAGUCUGUCAGACUCUGGAAUGUAUCAUUGCUUUAUUCAAACUGAUACUGAAGUGGAUAUAGUCUCUUUCAGACUAACAGUCAGGACUAAUCUCCUUAGCCCCAGUGACCUAAAUGGGAAAAAGAUGUCUGUAGAAAGUGGAGAAUCGCUUACUCUUCCCUGUUAUGUGAAUUCACCCCAGCCGAGUGAGACCAAAUGGUUCCUACCCAAUAAUCAAAUUCUUGGAUCAUCAGAACCAAAUGGGAAAGCAUAUGUAUCACAAAAUAACUCUCUUGUUAUCGAAAAAGUUACCCAUGAAGAUGCUGGGGAAUACAGCUGUCUGGCCGCUAACCUCUAUGGAGUGGAUAUGUUGUCUCAUCUAGUUGUAGUCACUGGUGAAAAGGUAAAAGACCCUCCAGAUAUAAGUGUAGCUGAAGGUGAAUCACCUUUGUUUGAGGGUGAGGAAAAUGAAGGCUCAGGUUUUCAAGAAAUAAAACGUCCAACUUCUAAAAAAACACAACAGAGAGUCGAUGGGAAACACAGGAGUUCAGGUGGGCUUUUACGACCUGGUACCAAAGGAAAGAGAAUUAAGGAGACAGUGAGGAAACCUAAUAAAUCUGUCAAAGAACUUGACCCGCAUCGCUGGGCAGAAUUUCUAGCAAAAGUGAAUGUGAAAGUGUCAACUGCGCAACCAUUCCCAAUUACGAUGACGACAGCAACAAAAUCAACAACAGCAGAAUCUGUAACACAAACCACAUAUAUUUUCACUACUAAUGCCUCUCCAACAACAAUUACAGAAGGCACAAGCAGUCCCACCUCAAUUUCAAGCCCUGGGGUUCAGAGUGAAAAAAGUUUUGAUAAAGGCACAUAUGUGGAGAAAGAGGGCACAAGACAUAGAGACCCACUACACCACAGGGAAGACUACUCAAACAUUCCUGAAGUGAUUUCACUAAAUCCAGAAUCAACCUCUGCAUCUCCCAUUGUCCCAGCUGCAAAAAACGUAACACAACCUCAGAAACAAGUGGACAGAUAUGAACUAGAAGAGAGAAUUAAGGCCAACAACAAUCCUAUUUGGACACAAAGACGACGACCCACAUUCAGGCGAAGGAGACCCCCUCUACAUAGAUUCCGCCCACAGAGACCCACUUUACCUCCAUCAACAACAGAAUACAUUCAAUUUUCAAAAUCCUUAUCCCCAACGAAGGUAUCUGAAUUCACUCAACGCAAGGAAGAAGAGACUAAAGCUACGGGCAAAAACAAAGAAGACACGGCCAUCAAACUAAAGGGUUCAAGUCAACUGGACCUUCUUACUGAGGAACCACCUCAGGUUUACACAAUAUUAGGUGUCACAUUGGAACCUAUUCAAAACAAGUUGCAUGGAAGAGAAAACAGUGAAGACAUUAGCUGGGGAUCAGAUAAGACUGAAGAUAAAACUAAACAACAUUCUUUGACAGUAAAAACAACAAACUCACCUUAUCUUUAUCACACAAAUGUUAAAUCUCCGCUGUCACCCAAAAUAACAGUUACCACAGUUAAACCAGUCCUCACUGAGACAGUCAGACACAGAAUGGACAAACCAAAGACAAGACUUGAAAAUUCAGAUUAUUCAAAUGGUUUCCCUAUUCAUCCUUGGAUUAACCAACAGCACACACAGAAGAGAACCCAAACAUCACUCAAACAACAACCCUUCACCCCGCCUCCCUUUUGGCUUUAUACCGAUCGUGCUCCUUUGUCGCCCACAGAUUACAGUUCAAGACAGCGAUACUCUCCAGACAGGCCAUGGCAUUUCCACUAUACCGGGGGCAGGGUCACAGAGGUAACUAAUCGACCAGAAAUCACAGCAGAGACAGCAAAGCCAACAGCAUACAUCUCUGGCUCAACCGCAACUGCCUUUCCCCUGACUUUACCCCCCCACAGCAGCUCUUCCCCACGAGCCAGGGACUUCCUCCUUUUCUCCAGACUUCGAAAUAGAUAUAGACAAUCGCAGAUUGAUGCAUACCGCCUUUCUCAACUUGGAAAACCGGUCACCUCCAAGCCAAGUGUUACUAAGCCCACUCCACAUCAAGCUCCAAAGCUCCCAAGCGUCUACAAGUCUGUUACACCACCUUCCAUCCCAGUGUCAGUGAACAAGCCACAAUCUACCACAAGUGUAUUCUAUGGUAGUCGUUGGCACCAUAGUUACUUUGGGACGAAGAAACUAAGUACUGCUCUGCCCUUCCCCAAUCUGAUGGGUAAUGGACUGAAGCCCAGGAUUACCUCAGCAAACUCUGUGAGUGUGUCUGCAUUAGCAGAAACGGAUAUCUCCAUACCCUGUGAAUCAUCUGGAGACCCAGAGCCCUCUCUCUCUUGGACCCAAGUCUCAACAGGGAUCAGCAUUCCAGCCAAUACAAAGCAUGGACAAAGAUUUGAGGUGCAUUCCAAUGGAACAUUUGUGAUAAAGAAUGUUCAGUUGCAGGACAGAGGCCAGUAUCUCUGCACAGCACAAAAUAAAUUUGGUUCUGAUCGAAUGGUGAUCACUCUUACUGUGCAGACACAGCCCCCAAAGAUAUAUGGUGUUAAAGCCAAAGACAUAUCUGUAUACUUGGGUAAACCAAUAAAUUUGGACUGCGUUGCUGUGGGUAAGCCCAAAGCCCAGAUCUCCUGGAUUCUCCCUGACCGGAGCUUUGUGCGAGAAGUGGGGUCUUUUGCAAAAGCAGCCUCAUUUUUCCCAAAUGGAACUCUGAGCAUCAAAUCAGCAAACUUUUCCAAUAAAGGUGACUAUAUGUGCAUUGCAAGCAAUGCAGCAGGAGCUGACACUGUGACCUAUCAUAUCCAUGUUGCAGCUUUGCCUCCAACCAUCACUGAGGGGGCCACAGAAAGUAUUGCAAUACAAAGUGGGAGGAGUGUCUAUUUACAUUGCACAGCAAAAGGAGAGCCAAUGCCUCUUUUGAAGUGGAGUCUUCCUGAUGGUGCCCACAUGAAGCCCACACAGUUUCUUGGCAGACGACUCUUUGUGUUUCCAAAUGGGACACUCUUCAUUAAAAGUGUUGUACCACUUGAUUCUGGACGGUAUGAGUGUUCUGCCACCAAUGUUGUGGGCUCUGCUAAAAGAGUGUUGCAGCUAGAUAUUGGACAAGAGACCCCAAUCCCCUGGCAACGUCCAUCUCAGCAGCAUAGUGUCAAAGCCAUGUAUGGCUCCACUGUGUUCUUGCACUGCCCUGAGUCCGCAGGCUCCCAGAGAGGCACAGUUUGGAGACUGCCCUCAAAAAUCCUGCUGGAACAUCGUUACAGCCCUCAGAGACACAUCACUGCUUUUCCCAAUGGUACUGUGAGGAUCCUACAACUUACUGAAAAGGAUGCAGGUAGUUACCUAUGCAUUUUUCAAAGGCCAAAUGGAGAGGACAUGGAGCUAUUUCAAGUGGAGGUCCUGAUGAAGCCUCCAAAGAUUGAGAAUGCGGGAGCCCAACAGAAAAGAGUUGCUAAUGGGGAGAAUUUUCAGGUGGAUUGCGUGGCUUCAGGCCUCCCAGACCCUGAGGUGUCAUGGAGCCUUCCUGAUGGCACUGUGAUCAAUAAUGCUCUUCAAUCAGAUGACAGUGGGACACGUUCUCAACGCUAUAUAAUCUUUGGGAAUGGUACGCUUUUAUUGCACCAAAUGGAUAAAAAGGAUGAGGGUGAUUACACAUGCUAUGCAAAGAACACUCUCGGAGAGGAUGAAAUGAGAGUAAGUGUCAAGGUUAUCUCAAACUCACCCAAGACUUCCUCCAAAGACCAGCUAACCAUAUUUGCACCACUUGGUGAGUCAGUCUAUAUGAAGUGUGAUGCUCUUAGAAAAUCCCAACCCACAAUUAUCUGGCUUUCACCAAGAAAUGAUAUCAUAACCUCAAAUCCUAUCAAGUAUCAGAUCAUGAAUGAUGGAACUCUAGUCAUUAAAAAGGUAAAUUUAUCUGACCAGGGAAAAUAUGCCUGUGUUGCACGAAAUUCAGCUGGUGACAACAUUAAAAAUGUAAUGCUCCAAAUUGAGGACAGAGCCCCUCGUAUCAAUGGAAAAAAGGGGCAAACUAAUAUGAAAAUUUUAGCAGUAUCCUACCAGACUCUACUACUGGACUGCAAGGCAGAGGGUGUGCCAGAGCCACAGAUUACCUGGACCACAUCAUAUGGCAUGUCCUUGCCCACACCAUAUCUGGGCGGCAGAUUUCAAGUCCACAAAAAUGGAAGUCUUGAGUUGAGGGGCAUUAGGAAGGCAGAUGAAGGCCAGUUUCUAUGUGUUGCCACAAAUUAUUUGGGGGAGGCAAGUCUGGGAUUUGACCUCGAAGUUGCAUCACUUGCCGAAAAGCCAAGUUUCUCAGUGCCAAAUAUUGAAGUUCUACCUCUCAGACCAGAUGGUGGUGACAUCACCUUGGAGUGCCAUGCUACUGGGAAGCCAAAGCCAGAACUGGCCUGGAUUCUGCCCAAUAGCACAGUGAUGGCCCCAGGCUUGAGACUUCAGCGAUUUAUUCACUAUCCAGAGAAUGGAACUUUGCGCAUCAUCCAACCAGUGACCAACGAUAAAGGUGUUUAUCGUUGCCUAGCAAAAAAUGUGGCUGGACAAGUAGAAAAAAGGUAUGCACUGGAGCCUGGAAGAAAGCCUCAAAUUCGAGGUACAGCUGGGGCCAUGAAGAUUUCCUUUGGACAAACUCUGAACAUGCCAUGCACAGUAGAUGGCUGGCCAGAGGCAACAAUCACCUGGACUCUCCCAAAUGGUCUGGUCUUGGACAAACCUCAGGUUAUUGAGCGUGUGACAUAUUUAUCUAAUGGUACACUUCAAAUCAGAGAGACAGCUAAAUCUGAUAGAGGGACCUAUCUCUGCAAAGCCACCAACACAUUUGGAACCUCAAUACUGUCAUACCCAGUGACAGUAAUGGUCUUUCCACCUCGGAUCACAAAUGCACCUCCAUCCAUUAUAAGGGUUAACAAAGGCUCACCUGUGACUCUAAAUUGUAUUGCAUCUGGCAUACCCAAACCAGAUAUUUCUUGGACUCUACCAGGUCGUACUACACUUGUUCCCAGCAACCGCUUUGCAACACAGGGUGGAAUUCACAUGACAGUGGAAGGAAGUUUGGUCAUACAAGAUCCAGGCCUUAUGAACUCAGGGAUUUAUAAAUGUAAUGCCAAAAACGCUCUAGGAACUGACUUCAAAGCUACAUACCUUCAAGUGAUAUGA